CUACUAUCCAGUAAGUUGCUUCCUACCCCCGGACCAGCUGAGAAGGGGAGCACUCGGGGAUUUCAGCGUGGUAAGGUAGGGUCAACGAGGUGUCUCUGUGGUACCGUAGCCAGCUCAGUGUUGACUGUCAGCUCAAUAUGGAACUCGGCUGAAGGCAGGAGUAACGAAAGAAGUGGGAGGAUUUGUCCCUUGGGAAGGAAAAUGUCGAGAUCGUCACAGGGGGUGGUCCAGACCGACCCCACUCUGGACAACCCUUUGGGGGCCCAUUUGAUGGAUUUGGGGCCAGCAAGAGGGUCGUGCUUGUGUGCGACAAGCAAAUCUCGGUGCAGCACUGCAGGUGCACUCCCAGCCAGGGGCGCUAAGACCAGGAAGAUUGCGCUGGCGGCUUGGUGGAGAACGUCAUUCGACCUGGUCUUGGUGCAGGAGCUUGGGCGGGUUUUAAUUACCAGCUGUCACUGGCGGCGGCGGGGAAUGGGCGAUCGAGGAGAGGGACGGAACACAUGUAAUGUCCGACAAAUAUAACCUCUUUUGCCCUUUUCACUUUCCAUGUGGUUCACUACAUUUGUUCUCCCAUCUUUCUAGACAACCUUGGACGAACGUUUCCAAGAACAAUCCACGACACACCGUCGACACAUCACCUAGUAGCAUUCACGAUACUCCUCAUUCGAGCGCAACCCGAUCUUGCACAUCACGACCAUGGCCGACACCAAGGACCUCCCCCAGAGGUCGGGGACCAUCAUGACCAACAACUCUGUCCUUAGCGACGAUGCUGUUCCCGAAGUCGAUCCCACCAGCACCGCUGGCCUCCUCGCAGAGCGACUCCAAGCAUGGAAGCACUCCGUUGGAUACCUCGAGGACUAUAUCGGAGCCGUCGAGAAGAUCCACAAGGCCCAGUCCAAGGAAUACGAAAAGGCUCUCAAGACCAUCUCCCAUCCCUUGAAGGAGGGCCACCACUUCGACCAGAGCCUCGGCGGUAUCGCAGCCUACUUUGAGAACAUGCGCUCCAAUACUCAGGCGAUUAUUAACACCAAUCUCGAGACGGAGAAGACCAUCAAGGGCUCCAUCCUCCCGGUCCUCGAACGCCUGCACAAGGAGAUCAAGCACAAGGGCAAGGAGCUGGCACACGGCGCCCAGAAGGGUGCCAAGGAGGUUGAGAAGGCUCGCAACACCACGCAGAAGCACAUUGAGCUUCUCGGCUCCCAGACCGCCUCCUUCGAGUCCGCCGGCGGCAAAAUGCACGGAACCGACGAUCCUUACGUCGUCAACCGUGGUGUCCUACACAGACUUCACAAGCAGGUUCUCGAGGAGAACAACAACCGCAACGACCUGAUUGCUGUCCAAAACAACUUCAAGGACUUCGAGGCACACGUUAUCGAGGUUAUUCAGCAGGCGAUGGAGCAGUUCAUCCAGCUCACCGGUGGCCAGGCCGAGAAGACUCGCGCUCUCUACUCCGACAUGCUGGGUGCCAUCCAGAGAGUCCCGGGUGAUUUCGAGUGGAACGGCUUCGUGACGCGUAGCGGCGAUCGCUUGGUCAACCCCAACGACCCACCGCGGUCUGUCGAGGCCAUCAACUUCCCCAACAUGGACCACGCCUCCGUCAAGCCUCUCAUUGAGGGUUCCCUGGAACGCAAGUCGCGUAACAAGCUUUCCUGGGGCUACUCUACCGGCUACUACGUUGUUACCCCGACCAAGUUCCUCCACGAGUUCAAGGACAAUGACAACACUCGCUCUGACCCCAAACCAGAGCUUUCCAUCUAUCUGCCAGACGCUGUCAUUGGGCUUCCCAACGGAAACAAGUUCAACGUCAAGGGCAAGGACAAGAGCAAAUCAAUCAGCUCAAAGCUCACCGGAUCAUCCGAGCUGGCUUUCCAGGCCCACACCCCCGAUGAGGCGCAAAAGUGGUUUGAGGUUAUCAAGAACGUUGCGGGAGCCACCGGCCCCGCGGAGCCCAACUCCACGCCUACUUCGCCCGUCGUUGCCCAGGACGAGAAGAUGCCUUCCAUCGCGCCAGCCGCAACCACCCAGUCCGGCCAUUCAGCACAAGAGGCCGGUGUUACUGGUCACGACCCUACCGCGAGCCCAGAGCUCAUGAGCCCGGUCGACGGCCCAUCCUCCAGCGCUGUGGCUGCACCCGCGGCUGCUCCAGCUGCAACAGCGCCUGUUGACGAGAAGAAGAUCUAAGGAUUCGCACGACACCCUCAGGUCUGAGAUCCCUACACUUGCAGACCUAGUCCGAUACCUCGAGCAGAGUCCUUUCGACAGCCCUAUUUUCCUCAACAAAGUGAGGCGACUGCUACGGGCGGCUCAUCGACUUGCGCACCACUGGUUGCCUUGUUGUUUAGUCUCCUAGGGCGGAAUCGCACCUCAUAUGACUUCGACUUGACCACACCACUACACCUGAUUGGUUACAUCACUUCUGCGCAACAUCACAGCCUUACAUCCCCGUUGCUUUUUUUGCGGCCCUUUCCAGCACACGCGCUUGGAGGAUACCAUUUUGAUUUAUGGUUAUAUAAUAUAGCGAGCCCUAAUCAAACAACAAUUAUGAUCGUUGACUCUUGUCCGAUUCCGAGUUCAUUUACAGUCACCUUGAUCGAGUCUGAUUCCCUUGAAUUAACCACAGUGACUAGAAAAUCGAGUUGAUAGCUGGCCAGUAGGAUGUAUGCCUUGGCGCAGGCUGUGCCUCACCACCCUCCUCCACUCCGAGACAAGGCGCCCAUACCACCAUCGAUACCGCGUGGAUGUCUGCAUCUCAUCGCGGAGCCCUAUUUAUAAGUGCAGAACGCUCCCGCGUCUUAGGCUGUCGAUACCAGCGACAUAUUUGAUUCAGUAUUUGGCGCACACCUCGCUGUGGUCGUCUGCCGAGGAAUGCGGCCAGCGUAUUGAGUCAACGGUGCAACUGAAGAAAAAGCGCUCACCAUGC